CAUCACUCAUCUCCAAAGUCAUAUUCGUGUCCACAUUAUAAAAAUUCAAUCGACCAACGUACCAGCUCCGGCGCCAGUCAACCACACCAAAUAUGCUCUCAUCCCUAUCACCACCAUAAACCAGCACUCUAAUUUAUCCCUCUCUCUCUCUCUCUCUCUCUCUCUCUCUCUGAUAUGGGCAGUACUGAAGAACCAAAUAAAGCCGGUUCUCUGUAUGACUACUCUUCCCCGUCAGAGCCUCUCCUCUCCAAACCACCCUUCUUUCCUCCUCCUCCUCCGCCUCCACCUCCGCCUCCUCUAAUCGAAGAAUCCACCUCGCCCAGUCCAGAUGAAUCCGACCCCACCCAAUACCUCCAGAUCUCUUACAACUACGGUCCUAGACCUUUCAAAGACAUUGCCUUUCUCAUUCUCUUUGUUCUCUUUGUUCUUUGCACUUUCGGUUUUGGAAUUUUCUCUAUCUUUCAUAGAAAUCCGAAUUACUCUACUCUUUCCUCUUAUACAUAUGAUUCCAAUUUAACUUCUUGUGUUAAGGACUCGUUGUCUUUAUCCAAUGAUGGAUUACUCAGAAUCAAUUUUUAUUAUUACUUCUUGAGUUCGUCAAGUUCGAGUUUUGGGAAGGCUUUGAUAUGGAGUCUUGUAAUUACUUUAGUUUUGAGUGCACCUAUUUGCUUUCUCUUGCUUUUGUUGCUCAAGCAUUACACCAAACAGAUUGUGUACAUCUCACUUCCUUUCUUUGUUGUUAUUCCCAUCUUUUUUAAUAUCUAUUGGUUUGUUGCCUGCACUGUUAGUUCUUCUUGUAGCGAUGGAUUUCCUUUGAUUUAUAGGAUUUUGGUCAUGGUUUUUGUAUUCUUAGGUAUUGGAAUCAUUGUGUGGAUUUUUGUAGCUAAUAGGCAUCGAAUUGAGUUGACUUUGAGGAUAAUUGCAGUUGCUUCUGAUGCACUUUCUAGUAAUUUGGGGUUAUUUGUUGCAUUGCCAUUAUUGGCAAUUGGUUUAAUGGUUUAUUAUAUUCCAAUCGUGGUGUUUUUAGUUUUUGCUAGGCUGAACGGGAAAAUUGUGCCUAAGGAAUCAAGUGGAGAAUACACUUGUAUUUGGAAGCAGGAUAGUUGGGUUCCUGCUUACAAUGUAUUGGCAAUCCUUACAAUGCUUUGGUCUUUGACUUCGAUGGUAGAAGCUCAGGUUUAUGUGAUCAGUGGAACUAUUGCUCAGUGGUACUUUACAAAGGAGGAUUCAACUCCUGAAAGGAGCAUUAGAAGUUCUUUGAGAAAUGCAUUUGGCCCCUCCUCUGGCACUGUAUGUUUAUCCGGACUACUUAUUUGCAUUGUCCGUAUGGUGCGUGCUGCUGUUGAUAGUGCUAGACAAGACAAUGCCCGUGGCAUGAUGAACCUUGUAUUGCGGUGUUGUGUUGAUGUAUUAGUGUCAGCGGUGGAUUUUCUUAACAAGUUCACAAUCAACUUUGCAGCAAUAACUGGUGAAGCCUACUGUACCUGUGCAAGGAUGACAUAUGAACUCCUAAGACGCAAUCUUCUCUCUGCAGCUUUUGUAGAGACUGUCUCGUCUCGUUUGUUGGCUGGCGUUAUAUUUGUCCUCUCAGCAAUUUAUGCAAUUGUGGUUUGUGCCAUCUUGAAAGGUGUGAGCAAACUUGGGGUUGAUUCGUACUACGUAGCUCUUCUUACAUGGGCACUAUUAAUAGUGAUCCUGAGCUUCUUUGUCCAUGUUCUGGACAAUGUGAUUGACACAGUUUAUGUAUGCUAUGCUAUAGACAGAGAUAGAGGGGAGGUUUUUAAACAAGAGGUUCAUGAUGUUUAUGUUCAUCUACCCAUCAGCCGAAAUCAUAGAUCACCUAUUAUUGCCAAAACUCACGAUGUAUGAUAAAAAAUCCUGGACCUCUCAUGUGUUGCUGUUGCUCUGUCAUUUGUUCUUUUCAUGUAACUACCAGUUGACUAGUUGUGCAUACCUUCAAUUGAUUGAGAAUUUUGAGGCUUGUUCAAUAAAGAGCUUAAUGUUUAGGCAACUUUCUGCGAUAAGAUGUUAAUAUCAUCGGCCACUGCAUGAUCCAAGUUCAACUGAAUCUGGUUAUUUCUGAAUUCUGCAGGUUUUUUUUUUUUUUGAUACUUUCUGAUCUUGUAUUUUCUGAUUGUAGCUCUAAUGUUAAAAAGAAACGCUUGUUUCCGUGGGUUA